GUGACAUACUGCAUCAGUUUUGCUGCCCCGCCCCUGAACAUCCAGAGGGGGACACCAGCGGCUCAUCCGGUGGACAGAUGCUUAGCCUGGAGGAUGGGACGUCCUCUGGUGGUGGACAGGAAGUGGAGGGGACCAAGAGAGAGGGACCGAGCGAGUACGAGAUCUCACUGGAGAAUAAGAACAAACAGAUAGAAGACUUGGAGCAGAAAUAUGGAGGCCAUCUCAUAGCGAGGCGGGCAGCUCGUCGUAUCCAAACGGCCUUCCGUCAGUACCAGCUCAGCAAAAACUUCCAGAAGAUCCGUAACUCCCUGUCGGAGAGCAAGCUGCCCCGUCGGAUCUCCCUGCGUCAUCCCAGCCCUUCAGGCCGGAACAGGAACACAGCCCAGAGACACAGUUACAGUUUGCAUCCUGGAGGAGGACAGAUACCCUUACGCUCUAAAACCCCUCCUCCUCCCCCGUGUCGCUCCACCUCUCUGCCUCCUUCUCCUGCGUCGGCCCCUGCAGCCCGUCACUCUCAAGCCCCAAAUCAGAACCCUGGACAAACACUCACACAGCUGGAAGACUGCUUCUCUGACCAGCUUCACUCCUUGGCCCAGUCAAUUGAUGACGCCCUUCGUGGUUGGAGUCUGUCAGAAGGGGGAGAAGGGAAGGGGCUCCUGAUGGACCCCGGGGCCCUUCGGGCAGCAGCUGAGAGCGCCUGUAUGCCCCGCAGUGCCAGCUCACUGCUCAUGGCCUUCAGGGACGUCACGGUUCACAUCGACAGCAACAGCUCCUACACCAUCUCCUCCGCCACCACCACGACCACCACCUCUCUGGGCAAUGCAGGGCAGCAGGGCAGCAGGAAGACUUCGGAGAGCGGGAUGAAUUUUGGAGAUGGCCCGUUUCCAGAGGAAUCAGAGUUUCCUGCACCUCCGCCCAGUGAGGAGCUGGAAAUGGGUGAUCUAGGAUCCAGAAGGGGCUCUGCAGCGCCGACUCUGGGAAGAGGAGGCCUGGAGGGGGAGAGCGGCUCAGACAGACUGGGGUCCACAUCCACUUCUACCUCCACCUCUAUCUCCACCUCAGCCCAUUCCAACCAGCAACCUGCUCAGAUUUACACCCAGUACCAGCAGUACCACUAUACCCAUCCUCAGCAGAUCCCCGGGGGGCCGAGCCCCGAGGCCCUGCAGGCCCUGGUGGUCUCUCUGCCCAGGGACCGUUGCCAGGAUCCAGCCUCCUGUCGCUCACCAACUCUCUCCACAGACACACACCGCAAACGCCUCUACCGCAUCGGACUCAACCUCUUCAAUGUGAACCCAGAGAGAGGCAUACACUUCCUGAUCACGCGUGGUUUCGUCCCGGACACGGCCAUCGGAGUGGCUCACUUCCUGCUUCAGAGGAAGGGCCUGAGCAGACAGAUGAUUGGAGAGUUCUUGGGGAACAGCAAGCUGCAAUUCAACAGAGAUGUCCUUGAUUGUGUUGUGGAUGAAAUGGAUUUCUCAGGCAUGGAGCUCGACGAAGCCCUGAGAAAGUUCCAGGCUCAUGUUCGCGUUCAGGGAGAAGCACAGAAAGUGGAGAGACUCAUCGAAGCCUUUAGCCAGAGGUACUGUAUGUGUAAUCCUGAUGUGGUGCAGCAGUUUCAUAACCCUGACACCAUCUUCAUCCUGGCCUUCGCUGUGGUCCUCCUCAACACUGACAUGUACUCGCCCAACAUCAAACCCCAGCGCAAAAUGGGCCUUGAUGACUUCAUUCGCAACCUCAGAGGUGUGGAUGAUGGAGCAGACAUCCCCAGAGAGAUGGUUGCAGGUAUUUAUGAAAGGAUCCAACAAAGAGAGCUCCGCUCCAACGAGGACCACGUCACCUAUGUGAGCCGCGUGGAGCAGUCCAUCCUGGGCCUGAAAACUAUCCUCGCCGUGCCCCACAGGCGUCUGGUGUGCUGCUGCCGUCUGUUUGAGGUGCCUGACGCAAACAAGGCCCACAAACAGAAGCUCUCCCAGCUCCAGAGAGAGGUCUUCCUCUUCAAUGACCUGCUGCUGAUUCUAAAGCUGUGUCCCAAGAAGAAAACCUCGGCCUCAUACACCUUCUGUAAAGCUAUGGGCCUACUGGGAAUGCAGUUUCACCUCUUCAGCAAUGAAUACUACGCUCAUGGCAUCACCAUGCUGAGCCCGUUUACCUCAGAGAAGAAGCAGCUGGUGAGUUUCUGCUCCCCGAGCGGAGAAGAGCUCAGGAAGUUUGCAGAGGAGCUCCGAGAGGCGAUCACAGAGGUCAAUGAGAUGGAGCAGAUACACAUCCAGUGGGAGUUGGAGCGGCAACAAGGCAUCCAGCCACACAGCAUACACACCAAUGGUGGGCAAGUGGACACACACACAGGACACGGCUCACCCUCAGGCCAACAGGAUGUGUACGAUAAAACUGGCAACAACAACACAGUAGAGGUGUCAAUUCACAACAGGCUGCAGACCUAUCAACUGAGCCCGCCCAGCAUUGAGUCCCUGCCUCUGGCUCUGACCGCGCCCCCCGCCCUGCUCAGCCCCGUGCAGCCUGGAGACCUCCGCCCAGAAACACUCAUCCAGUGCCAGCAGAUAGUGAAGUUGAUCGUGGUGGACCAGAGCGGGCGGGGGCGGAUGGAGGCCUUCCUCAGCCAAGGCCCAGCCACACAUCAGCUCAUACAGUCGGCCAUGUCCACGCCUGUGCAUGUCAGAGAGGGGGACGGCCCCCAGCCUCCUCUGCCGCCUCCCCCUCCACCUUACAACCACCCCCACCAGUUCUGUCCCCCUGACUCACCCAGGCCCCUCCACCACACCAUGCCUCUCAUGCGAAGGCGCAACUCCAGCGGCUCCCGCAGCAUCGUCUAAGAGGCUCCUCUAUGAACCCUGGGGGCCGGACUUGAGCCCCUCACUCACACAGCGACACACACAUGCUGGAGUGCUAGCCAACUCCCUUUGAGUGGUCAGAUUAAAGCAUUGCUAAAAAAAAGUGAGGAAUAUACUGUGUAAGUCGGAAAAAAUGACAAAGGAAAAGGACACCAACAGGACUUUAUUCAGAGUCCUGACUCAGUGGUGGCUUUUUUGAACAUGGACUAGAUUUGAUGCCAUUUCGAAAGACAGCUUUUCUCCUUUCUUUUGUCCAACAUGUCACCCGGUAGCUGAUGGUGUUGUCUGUCUAGAUUUCACACUCUUCAAAAGAUCUUGUGACUUUGCAUUUUUAAAAUGUCACCUAUCCAAUAAAUGUGUCUGAGAGCUAUAACUGUGAAACCAGGGAGCCAGAUCAGAAGAGCAAACCGGCGGUCCUGAGAGGAAAAGGGAGGGCUUUAAAUAUGGAUACAAGUUUUUUUGAGCUCUCUUUCAGGAUAUUGAUGUUAAGUUCUCCCCCUUUUUUUUGGUCUUUGGUUUCGAUCGAAUGAGCUUAGAGUAAUUUCAGCAGAGCUAAUGUAGCUUCUCACUGCAAUGCUUUUUUUCCUCAUGUCUGCACAGUAGUGUCAGUAUAUUUGUUUCCUUUAUUUCCGAGUGAACAGUUAAUGAUUGGGUGACGAAAUAUGCCAAGAAAAAGGUAAAAAGCUCCAGCAUCUCCACCCUGCCGUGUGCAGUAAAGGGCAGUAAGCUAUGAUGUUGAUACUCACUCAAUUAACCUAAAACCUGAUGACAAUCAUAUUUUUUUGUGUUUCAUUGUUGUUUGUUUUCCUAAACUUGUGUAUGCAGAUAUGUUCACAGUGGUGUGUGAGUGCCCUGAUUCUGUUUGCCCUCACACAGCUCAGGAGAGGAUUUGCUGCACUGGAACAUAUAAUAUCUGAGAGCAGCGUGUGUGUUCAGUCUGCUUACUCAUGGGCAGCAGGGAGUGGAACUGGUAAUUAAUCCAAAACAAGACUAAAACAGCCAGAUCAAGCCUUUCUCCUUCGGUAUAUUUGCUUGUAAUGGGUUACCUAGUGUGACAAUUGCUGUUACCUUGGGAUUUAGGCAAUAUCUGUGCCUAAAAAACUCUCUUUAGUUUAAAAAUGAACACAAAUUGCUCCACACAAGGCAGACCAAGGUCACCAUCACUCCCCUCUCACAAAUUAUAUUUUUCCUUGCACAGUGAAAAUGUUAU